GUAAGACAGUGAGUGCAGAAACAAACCCUAGAACUGGAACUGAAGAACAAUUGAACGUUGAUAAUUGGAACCGCUCUGGAAUUGGAUGAACUGAGAAUCGUAAUCAAUGGGUGCGAGUCGAAAGCUUCAGGGAGAGAUAGAUCGCGUUCUCAAGAAGGUUCAGGAAGGUGUUGAAGUCUUUGAUAGCAUCUGGAACAAGGUUUACGACACGGACAAUGCUAACCAGAAGGAGAAAUUUGAGGCAGACCUCAAGAAGGAGAUUAAGAAGCUCCAGAGAUAUAGAGACCAAAUUAAGACUUGGAUUCAGUCCAGUGAGAUCAAGGACAAGAAGGUUAGUGCCUCGUAUGAGCAGGCUCUGGUGGAUGCGCGCAAGCUAAUUGAGCGUGAAAUGGAAAGAUUUAAGAUCUGUGAGAAGGAGACUAAGACCAAAGCAUUCUCUAAAGAAGGCUUGGGUCAACAGCCUAAGACUGAUCCUAAAGAAAAGGCUAAAUCAGAGACGAGGGAUUGGUUAAACAACGUGGUUGGAGAGUUAGAAUCUCAGAUUGAUAGCUUUGAAGCUGAGCUUGAAGGACUUUCCGUCAAGAAAGGAAAAAACAAGCCACCCAGAUUGACCCACCUAGAGACAUCAAUUACUCGACACAAGGCUCAUAUAAAGAAAUGUGAAUUUAUAUUGAGACUACUAGAUAAUGAUGAAUUAAGUCCUGAGGAGGUUAAUGAUGUCAAAGAUUUCUUAGACGACUAUGUAGAGCGUAAUCAGGAAGAUCCUGAUGAUUUCGAUGAUGUCGAUGAACUAUACAGUUCAUUACCUUUAGACAAGGUGGAUACUCUAGAAGAUCUUGUUACAAUUCCGCCCGGUCUUGCUAAGGUGGUGCCUGGUCUUAGCUUGAAGAAUACAUCACAAACAGCGUCAGGAUCUGCAUCACAAACAUCUGAAACUAUGAUUUCUAAUCAUCAGGAUGCUUCUGUUCAGGAGCAAGCUGAUGACACAGCAUCCCAGGAUAGCAAUUCUGACAUUGCUGCAAAAACUCCACCUUCUAAAAGUAGUGGAAUUGCUUCUGCUACAUCAACACCUUCUGGGAACCAUGCUACUCCUGUUUCUGUGAAUAUUUCAGGUCAUAACUCGUCCAGUGAACCAGCUGUUGCAGUCCUACCUGGUUCGAAUUCUGUUCGGAAUGUUUUGGAGAAUACUAAUAUUGCCAACACUUCAUCUACUGUAAAUCAGUCUACCUCUAUAAAGGAAGAAGAUAUUAAUAGCUUCCAUAGCCGGAGACCAUCUCCAUCACUUGCUGAUGCAACACUUGUGAGGGGAAGAAACAGCCUGUCAAGUCAAGCAGCAGCUAGCAUCCCUCUUGGUUCUGGUAACAUGGUUUCCAGCAAUGGAGCCCUUGGUUCAGUUCCUUCAGCCUCCGAAAUAACUAAGAGAAACAUAUCGGGAGCUGAUGAUAGACUUGGAAAUAGUGGGAUGGUGCAGCCUCUUGUAUCCCCGCUAAGUAAUAGAUUGAUCUUGCCUCAGGUUGCGAAGACUAAUGAUGGAACUGCUUCAGUUGACUCUAGUACUGUUAAUGAAGCUGCAGCUGCAUCUGGGAGAGUUUUCUCUCCUUCCAUGGUUCCUGGCAUGCAAUGGAGACCUGGAAGUCCCUUUCAGAAUCAGAAUGAUGCAGGCCAGCUUCGUGGAAGAACUGAAAUAACUCCUGAUCAAAGAGAAAAGUUUUUGCAGAAGUAUCAGCAAGUGCAGCAACAGGGGCCCAGUAACCUUCUUAAUAUGGCUUCUCUUGGUGGAAACCCUAAGCAGUUUUCUGCCCAGCAGCCAAAUCCCCUUUUGCAACAGUUUAACUCUCAAGGUUCAUCUGCUUCUUCUCAAUCUGGUAUGGGACUUGGACUCCAGUCCCCUGCUCUCAGUGGUAUUUCAUCUGCCUCAUUACAGCAGCCACCCAAUCCUGUCCAUUCCCCGUCUAGUCAACAGCCAUUGAUGCCAGGUGUUUCUAAAGAUGCAGAUGUUGGUAAUUCUAAGAUUGAAGAACAGCAGCAACAUCGGAAUUUUCGUGAUGAGUCAACAACCGAAUCUACUGUUAGUACUGGAAUUGGCAAGAAUCUCAUAAAUGAAGAUGAUUUGAAAUCAGCAUAUACUGUAGAUUCUCCUGCAGGAGUAUCUGCCUCUAUUCCGGAGUCUGCUCAAACUUCCAGGGAUAUUGAUUUGUCUCCAGGCCAACCUUUGCAAUCCAAUCAACCUACUGGUAACCUUGGUGUCAUUGGAAGAAGAAAUGGUUCCGAACUUGGAGCCAUUGGUAAUAAUUUUAUUGGAUUGAGUGUUAGUUCUGGUGGAGUGCACAAUCAAUUAUAUAAUUUGCAAAUGCUUGAGGCAGCCCAUUUCAAAAUUCCACAACCUAAAGACUCAGAACGUCCUAGGAAUUACACUCCUAGGAAUCCAACAAUUACACCUCCUAGCUAUCCUCAAGUACAAGCACCUACUGUUUAUAAUCCUGCCUUUUGGGAGAGAGUAGGUCUCGAACCAUUUGGCACGGAUACCCUGUUCUUUGCAUUUUAUUUUCAGCAGAAUACUUGCCAACAAUAUUUGGCUGCAAAGGAGCUAAAAAAGCAGUCUUGGAGAUACCAUCGAAAGUAUAAUACAUGGUUUCAGCGGCAUGAAGAGCCCAAAGUUGCUACCGAUGAAUAUGAGCAGGGAACAUAUGUGUACUUUGAUGUCCAGAUUAAAAAUGACGACCUGCAACAUGGGUGGUGUCAAAGAAUCAAGACUGAAUUCACUUUUGAGUAUAAUUAUCUUGAAGAUGAGCCUCUUGUAUAGAAGAUGCCACCUGGUAACAAUGUAAUUGUGAAAUUUGUUUGGAAUUGUUGACGGGAAAGAUAUUGGUUAUGCAAUGCACAUUGUGACAGCAGGUUAUUAGGCUGCCAUUCUUUGCCGGGGCAAUGUCUUUAUUAUUUUCUUUUUGGUGCUAAUUGUCCUAGCUUGUUAAUUGCAUUUAGGAUUCUGUUUUCGAAGAUUAAAACAAUAUGGAUGUGUUUCCUGUUAACCUUUUUCCGAUUUGAGCAUUGAUUGCCCCAUUCGGCUUGUUUACGGACGAUGAGAGAAAAGAAAAUAAGAUGAAAGGAAUUAUAUGUGCAUUGUGUAUAAACAAGAUUUCUUGUCAUUUAUGUUUU